UCAGACUGUGGAUGGGAGGGGGAGGGAGACCGGAGAGGAAUUGAGUGAGGGAGGAGCGAUACCGGAGAGGCAGCUGCAGGGGGAGUCAGACGAAUUUCUUUUCCUAUGAACAAAAGACCUUAAAUCAUUGUCUGGUGUCUCUGGUUGGAAGUUGUUUGGUAAAGUGUGGGAAACUGUACAGACGGACUCAAAGAUAAUUCAGCAGGACUGUGUUCCAUCAUGGAGCAGAGAUGUCUUCAAAAUCCCUAUCCUGAUUACAGUCAGGAGGUCUCAACAUCCUUUAACUCCACAGGUCAACUGACGUUUGAGUUUGUUCAUUGCCUUAACAAUAAGAUCAAGGAGCUGCUACAGGCUAUGGAAAAAGGACUCAAAUCUGCCGACCCUGGAGACUACACUGUGUACACAGGCUGGGCAGGCAUUGCUCUCUUGUAUUUGCAUUUGUCUGAUAUAUAUGGGGAUUCAUCCCUUCUGCAAAAGGCCCAUGAGUAUAUCAGCAAGAGCCUGCGCUGCCUGACAAGACGUGAUGUCACAUUUCUGUGUGGAGACGCUGGACCUUAUGCAGUGGGAGCAGCUGUGUUUCAGAAGGUUGGGCAUAUAAAGGAAGCUGAAGAUUGCGUCAAAAGCCUCAUUCAAAUGUAUCCUUCUGUGGUAAGGCCAGACUCUGGACUCCCAGAUGAGCUUCUCUAUGGGCGUAUGGGAUACUUGUACUCCCUGCUUUUUGUCAACAAACAGUUUGGAGAGGAGAAGAUCCCCUCUAGCUACAUCCAACAGGUGUGUAACACUGUGCUGGAGUCCGGAGACAGACUGUCGGGGAGAAGGAACCUAAAAUCCCAGAGCCCUCUGAUGUACGAAUGGUACAGAGAGUACUAUGUGGGACCUGCCCAUGGAUUAGCAGGAAUAUACUACUUUCUAAUGCAGCCUGAAUGUAACAUCAGUAGUGAAAAGUUGCAGAACCUUGUUCGGCCAAGUGUGGAAUACGUCAGCCGUCUCAAGUUUCCAUCUGGCAACUUCCCUGCUUGCAUUGGUGACCGUCGGGACCUGCUUGUACACUGGUGCCAUGGGGCUCCUGGUGUCAUUUACAUGCUUAUUCAGGCCUACAAGGUUUUUGGUGAACAGCAGUAUCUGGUAGAUGCUUUACAAUGUGCUGAGGUGGCUUGGCAUUAUGGUUUGCUGAAGAAAGGUUAUGGAUUAUGCCAUGGAGCAGCAGGGAAUGCAUACAGCUUCCUAGCACUUUACAACCUGACCAAAGAUGUCAAGUUUCUCUACAGAGCCUGCAAGUUUGCAGAGUGGUGCAUGGAUUAUGGGACACAUGGUUGCAGAACUGCAGACACCCCUUAUUCACUUUUUGAAGGAAUGGCUGGAACUAUCUAUUUCCUCUCUGAUUUACUGGAGCCCACAAAAGCGAAAUUUCCAUCAUUUGAAAUGUAAAGAAAAUGGAUUUGCUUGAACUCUAUUCAGUGUUGCCAAACAUUGCCUGGGGCGAGACAUGUUAUUAAUGAUUCCCAAUGAGUCUUUAAAGUAGUCAGCUCAGGAUUUAUGUAUUCAGUGGUCACAUCCAGCUUUGUACAUAGCUGUAUUCCUUGUGCAUGUACAUACUGGCAAGGGAUGUCUAACCUAUGACCCCCCUGCUUUUUAUGUUUACCUGAAAAACACUUUAUGCAGGGAGUUGUAGCUCAAGUACAGCGGCAGCUUGGGCAAGCCUGUGGUAGAAAUGGUGUUUUCUGUACAGAGGCACUCACAGGCUUUGGUAUUUUUUGUUUGCUUUAUAAGAAACUAAUUGCAGAUGAAGAGUCUCAAGAGAGAAUUGCAGGGAAAGGGUGUUCCUGUAGCUUAUAACUUUUUCUCAUGUCAUAACUAGCUUGACUUAAGUAGCAUUUACACAAAAUCUCAACCUAACAGUUUAUGGCUUCCCUAAGCAGCUCUAGUUUUGAAUUCCUUUUAAUGAGUUAUGUUGCAGUAUUCAACCUUUUGCUAAAAGAAUAUUGCUAAGUUUGAAUGCACUUCUUUAAUUCGAAUGUAACUAAACCUUUGCUGCUAGAUGCCAUUAUCAGUCUCAGAAAGAAAAGCGGCAUCCCUGAGGCCACUCGCCCCAACUCAAGUGGUUUUAUUUGAAUUCAAGUCAUUGGUUUAUUACCUGAAAGAGGUAAAGGCUGUAGUUUAGCAAGCCACAAUGCAUUCCUUAAGAUGGCCAUACACGCACCGAUAAUACCUACUAAACCUAGUUUGGUACGAUAUUCUGUGCGUGUAUGGCAAGUCGGUGAGUCGACCAAUAUCGCAGGAGGCUGCUGAUAUCGGUCGACUCGCCGAUCGGCCAGGUUAAAAGAUUUUGAUCGGCACCAUAGAAGGCGCCUGACCAAAAUCUGCCUUCAGCGCUGAAUCGGCAGAAGGAGGUAGAAAUCCGAUUGUUUCUACCUCCUUAUCUGCCUGUUUCAGCCCUGAAGGUUAGUGGCGGAUCUGACGAUCUUUCGUGCGGCCAAUGGUCGCACAAAAGAUCGCCACGUGUGUGGCCACCUUUAGACUUUAGGGACUUUGUAUAUAUUGAAGGAAAACGUAGUUCAUUAUUCUAGUGAUCAAAAUGAUUCUACAUUUAGAAUGUUAUAGAUCAUAAAGGCACUUUGUGUGGAGAUUCAUCCUAUUGUGUAUAAUUGAAGACAAAAACUAUCCUUACCAUGAUAAAGAGUCAAGCCUUUGAUUUCCAGUUCAAAUCUUGGGCAGUUAUGUGUCCUGAGUGAUUGAUUGGCUUAAAAGUGUCAGCAAUAUUAAUUUUAGAAAUUUCUGCUCUACACCCCUCUGCAGGCCAAUGAUAUGAUCACAUGAAGGGAGUAGGGUUGCUUGCCAAAAUACAAGUGGUGGUUGCAGUAAUUCCUACAAUGCUGGGUGGGACUGUAACCAAUAGGACAUGGGAUUUCACAUUUGCUUUCUAAUCAAAAAUGUGGUUUACCUGCAGUAAUCUGAAUUUAGAGGCUACUUUUUUACCCUACUCUAUUCUAACCUUCAACCAAAUGCUUUGCUGCUAGUGAGUGAGCCUAGCAACAAGAUCAUACUUUAAAUGCCACACUAAAGGGUCUUGUGAAUAAAAGUUUAACGGAGAAGGAAAGGCUAAAUCACUAGGGAAUUCAAAAUGUCAGGCACCCCCCAGUAAUUGUAAUCGCUUACCUGAAACCCCUGACCCAUGCUUUUGUUAGUAGAAAACUGCAGUGAUCCCUGGGGCCCGCACACACACGGUUGAGCAAAAAAAAAAACAGCUUUUUUGUUAGUUUGGCUUUUCACUCUACUUCAUAUGUGAGAAGACCGAAGGAAGAGUAGGAACGCUCACUCUGUGCCUAGCAUUUAGGCACCCCCCAGUUAUUGUAACUUUCCUUCUCCUUUAAGUAAUUCAAAAACCUUAAAAAUGUAGGCCAUACCAAAAUAAAUAUAUAUAUAUGUGUGUGUAUAUAUAUAUAUAUAUAUAUAUAUAUAUGUGUGUGUGUAUAUAUAUAUAUAUAUAUAUAUAUGUGUAUAUAUACAGUUGUGCUCAGAAUAAUAGCAGUGUGUGGCCACUAGACCCAAAAAAAACCAAUCUUGCUUUCAUCAGUCCACCAAAUGUUUAGGCCAGUCAGUAUGUUCUUUGGCAAUUGUAACCUCUUUAGCGCGUCUUUUUUUCAACAAUGGGACUUGCAGGGGUUCUUGCCAAUAGCUUGGCUUCACAUAGGUGUGUUCUAAUUGUAACAAUACUCGCUGAUCAUUGGCCGAGUCUUUGACAUUUUGGAUAUUUUUCAAUCAAUUCCAAUGGUAGUUUUCCAUUUUCUUCCAUGUCUUUCAGGUUUUGGUUGCCAUUUUAAAGCAAUUGAGAUCAUUUUAGCUAAGCAGCCUAUCAUUCUCUGCACUUCUUUAUAUGUUUUCCCCUCUCAAAUCAACGUUUUAAUAAAAGUAUGUUGUUUUUCUAAACAACUGGAACGACCCAGAAGAAAUGCACUAUAACCAGCAUGCACAACAUUUGCUGCCUACCUUCCUUAAAAAAGGGCUGUAAUUGACACCUGUUUUUUUACCUCACUAACUAAACCCCACACUGCUAUUAUUUUUAACAAUAAGUUCAGUUAAUGAUUCAAUUACACAGAAUCAGCAGCAUGCAUGUCAUGACUGUCUGUUGGAUAAAUAUUACUCUACUACACCUACUAAUAAAUUAUUUGACAUGUAGAAAUAUAAUUUCUACUAAAAACAGUGAUUGAUCAGGUUAGUGAUCUCAUGUCGGACUGCUAUUAUUCUGAACACAACUGUGUAUGUGUGUGUGUAUAUAUACAUACAUACACAUUUAGUAGAUAAUGCAGCCCCUACUGUAAUUUGUAAAGGUAUUAUAAAAGUCAGACAGGAAGGAAAUGCUGAGGGAAGAGUACAGCAGUGACAACUGCUGUGUCUAGGUUAUAAUUAUAUAAUUUAUAAACUGUAGAUUAUAUAUAUUUACCAAACUGUAAAUUAUAUCCCUAUAAACACACCGUUUAAAACAUAAAGACACCGCAGUUGUCACUGCUGCAUUCUUCUCACAGCUUUUCCCCCCAAGUAUAUAUAUGGCCUGUCUUAUAUAGAGAGAAUGGACCACACCUGCUAGAGUAUAGUUAAAAUGGGGGUUCUACUACAUGUAUAUGUGUAUGUAUAUAUAUAAGUAGAACCCCCAUUUUAGCCAAAUUCUAGCAGGUGUGUUUUGAAAGUUGCCUCAUUUUUUGGCCAGCCCACAGCUUGUUCUAAAUUGCCUGACAGUACCUGCCCUUAGCCAGAUACAGGGCAGACUUUCAUUUUCUUUCCUUUAAGAACAUGUCAGACUGUGAAUCCCUCUUACUGGAUUGAAUUCUAUGGCUGUAUGUAUGUAAAUAUGUAAUGAAACCAUGCAUAGGAAAUACCAAUUUUGCAGUGGCAAGUGCAUUUAGGGAUUUGUAGUAAGACAGUAAGAAAGUUUGUCCUAUUCUGGUAACCAAUGACUUGUUACAGGUUUGGAACUAGUACAAGUUUACUGCUAAGCGACUGAUAAAGAUACUGGACUGGAGAAAGGAGCACAAGUGUUACUAAAUAACUACUCCAAGUUGUAUAUUAUCUUUUCUUAAUAAUUAAUAUUAAGAAUGCUUUAGUGAUGUGACACUAACAUUAUUUGUUUCUUGGUAUUUGCUAUGCUUGCUAAAGUUUCAGUACUGGAUGAGGCACUAUUAGCCUUUCUUGAUAGAUGCUGAUUUGUGUUUCAAAUUUCCUAAUAAACUAUUUGCCACAAAACCUGUGGCUGCUUUUUGUUUAACUCAAAA